GGGCAUGUCGUUCGCCCCUGUCAAAGUUCGACGCACAGCGCUUCCAGUGGCCACGGCACCUCAGCGCUUUCCACUGCCACACUUGCAGCUGCAGCCGCCUUUCCCCAUACACUAGUUCCGCUAGCGAACCCGCCAGCCCGUGGCCCCGUCUUCCUUGCUUCCCGUCUUGAGACUACUUACUACCUCUACCUACCUAACCAGCUUGUAAACUGUGCACCUAUUGGAAACCUUGUAGAGGACACGACAUCAUCAACACCGCGGCAUCUAGUCAUUCAUCAACGUAACCUCCCACGCUCUUUUCCCUCGGGGUAGGCGUUAUCACAUAGCUAGGUCAAACGUAUUCCGUCAAGAGAUUGCUCCUCGUUCCAAUCCGAAUCCACGCAUCGUCGCCGUUGAACCUGCACCAGAUUGGAGACGGUACCCAAUUCAUACCAUCCGUGUUAGCGACGCCGCUAUCGCCCGGCAGACAGGACCCGCCAAGCAUCCGAUAACGAAUCAACACCAACUGCGCAGUCGUUUGCUCUACGAACAUUUCACCAUGGACCAGAUGAUCGGUGGUGGUGGCGGCGAUGCCGGCCGCUUCCCGCUCGAGACGUGGUUCUGGGAGAUGCCCAUCUGUACAAGGUGGUGGACGACGGCAACCAUGCUCAUGAGUGGCUUGGUCCAGUGCGAGCUUAUAACUCCCUUCCAGCUCUUCUAUAGCUACCGCGCCGUAUUUGUUAAGUCACAGUACUGGCGACUACUCACCACCUUCCUCUACUUCGGGCCCUUCUCCCUCGACCUUCUCUUUCACGUCUACUUCCUGCAACGCUACUCGCGAUUACUCGAAGAAUCGGCAGGCCGAUCACCAGCACACUUCUCAUGGCUGUUACUGUACGCCAUGGUGUUCCUCCUGAUCCUGUCGCCGCUCGUUUCCAUGCCAUUUCUCGGCCAUCCGCUUUCGUCGACGCUGGUUUACAUAUGGUCUCGCCGUAACCCAGAUACCCGGUUAAGCUUCCUUGGGUUACUGGUGUUUAGCGCACCCUACUUGCCGUGGGUACUCAUGGCUUUUAGCUUGACCCUUCAUGGCACAAUUCCCAAGGAUGAGUUGAUGGGCAUGGUCAUUGGUCAUAUCUGGUACUUUUUCACCGACGUGUAUCCUCCUCUUCACGGCGGCUCAAGACCCCUUGACCCGCCCAUGUGGUGGCGUCGUAUCUUUGAGGGCCGGCCACGCGAGGAGACCACGGAUGGUAUCAACAACGAGAUUGCAGUCGCUGGCGCUCCCGAAGUUGCGCCACCCGAGGUCCGCUAAGGCGUGUGAAUUGGGGAAUGGGAAGCCGGUUGUACAAUCCUAGUCAGGACCACGGGCUACAACUGCAUGACAGGUUAGGUCAUGCUAAUUUGCUGACAUUUCUGUUUCAAAAGGAGGAUACCAGGCGUUUUUAGGAAGUUCGGGAUCAGUUGACACAAGACAGUCAUUCACUACGGCACAAAAGUAGCGCACUUUAUGCAUGCGGUCUUGCGGUUUCGUUCAGGACAACACCAUGACAUAUCAGAGGAAGAGUAAAACCAGGUCCACGUCAAACCAGCUAUGCCAGAAAGCCCGAUUACCACAAGCUUAGGUAGCGGCCAGGUCGGUAUGGCAAAAAGGGAAACACCUGAAUGGUCGCACACCAGACUUUAGUUGAUAGGUGCUAUAGAUAUUUCGCAUGCAUUUGGGUAUAGAUAUGUGGCGCUUAACGCAAAGUAGCGAACUCGGCUAGCGUGUUGUUUUGU